CGCCAGGACUUGGGCGUGCGGGACGCCAGAGCUGGGUCAGAGCUCGAGCCAGCGGCGCCCGGAGAGACUCGGAGAUGCAGGCGACUCGGAUGGCCCCGAGCUUGGGGCGGCAGCUGCUGAGGCUCGGGGUCGGAAGCUCGCGGCUCACGGCGCUCCUGGGGCAGCCCCGGCCCGGCCCUGCCCGGCGGCCCUAUGCCGGAGGUGCCGCUCAGCUGGCUCUGGACAAGUCAGAUUCCCACCCCUCUGACGCUCUGACCAGGAAAAAACCGGCCAAGGCGGAAUCUAAGUCCUUUGCUGUGGGAAUGUUCAAAGGCCAGCUCACCACAGAUCAGGUGUUCCCAUACCCGUCCGUGCUCAACGAAGAGCAGACACAGUUUCUUAAAGAGCUGGUGGAGCCUGUGUCCCGUUUCUUCGAGGAAGUGAACAAUCCUGCCAAGAAUGACGCUCUGGAGAUGGUGGAGGAGACCACUUGGCAGGGCCUCAAGGAGCUGGGGGCCUUUGGUCUGCAAGUGCCCAGUGAGCUGGGUGGUGUGGGCCUUUGCAACACCCAGUACGCCCGUUUGGUGGAGAUCGUGGGCAUGCAUGACCUUGGCGUGGGCAUUACCCUGGGGGCCCACCAGAGCAUCGGUUUCAAAGGCAUCCUGCUCUUUGGCACAAAGGCCCAGAAAGAAAAAUACCUCCCCAAGCUGGCAUCUGGGGAGACUGUGGCCGCUUUCUGUCUAACUGAGCCCUCAAGCGGGUCAGAUGCAGCCUCCAUCCGAACCUCUGCUGUGCCCAGCCCCUGUGGAAAAUACUAUACCCUCAAUGGAAGCAAGCUUUGGAUCAGUAAUGGGGGCCUAGCAGACAUCUUCACAGUCUUUGCCAAGACACCAGUUACAGAUCCAGCCACAGGAGCCGUGAAGGAGAAGAUCACAGCUUUUGUGGUGGAGAGGGGCUUCGGGGGCGUUACCCAUGGGCCCCCUGAGAAGAAGAUGGGCAUCAAGGCUUCAAACACAGCAGAGGUGUUCUUUGAUGGAGUACGGGUGCCAUCGGAGAACGUGCUGGGUGAGGUUGGGAGUGGCUUCAAGGUCGCCAUGCACAUCCUCAACAAUGGAAGGUUUGGCAUGGCUGCGGCCCUGGCAGGUACCAUGAGAGGCAUCAUUGCUAAGGCGGUAGAUCAUGCCACUAAUCGUACCCAGUUUGGGGAGAAAAUUCACAACUUUGGGCUGAUCCAGGAGAAGCUGGCACGGAUGGUUAUGCUGCAGUAUGUAACUGAGUCCAUGGCUUACAUGGUGAGUGCUAACAUGGACCAAGGAUCCACGGACUUCCAGAUAGAGGCCGCCAUCAGCAAAAUCUUUGGCUCGGAGGCAGCCUGGAAGGUGACAGAUGAAUGCAUCCAAAUCAUGGGGGGUAUGGGCUUCAUGAAGGAACCUGGAGUAGAGCGUGUGCUCCGAGAUCUUCGCAUCUUCCGGAUCUUUGAGGGGACAAAUGACAUUCUUCGGCUGUUUGUGGCUCUGCAGGGCUGUAUGGCGGGCAGGGCUGGGCAGCGGCCUGAGUCUCAGUGGACUUGUCCACCCGGAGUUGAGUCGGAGCGGCGAGCUGGCAGUACAGGCUCUGGAGCAGUUUGCCACUGUGGUGGAGGCCAAGCUGAUAAAACACAAGAAGGGGAUUGUCAGUGAGUGAGCCCUACACCCUUCCGCCCCUCCCUUUCCUCUCCUUGAAACUAACGCCCCCACCCCCACCCCACCUACCCAACAGAUGAACAGUUUCUGCUGCAGCGGCUGGCAGACGGGGCCAUCGACCUCUAUGCCAUGGUGGUGGUUCUCUCGAGGUGAGGAGGCAGGCAGGGAAUGCCUGAGCCGCAGGGGGCCUGGGCCUGGAUCCCAGCCGGCCCAGAUUUAUUUUCAUCUCCUGCUUCCUGCCAGGGCCUCAAGAUCCCUAAGUGAGGGCCACCCCACGGCCCAGCAUGAGAAAAUGCUCUGUGACACCUGGUGUAUCGAGGUGAGACUCGGGACUGCCAAGCUCAGGUGAGGGCUAGAGGUACAGGCCCAACCCCUCCUUCCCUCUCCCCAGGCUGCAGCUCGGAUCCGAGAGGGCAUGGCCGCCCUGCAGUCUGACCCCGGGCAGCAAGAGCUCUACCGCAACUUCAAAAGCAUCUCCAAGGCCUUGGUGGAGCGGGGUGGUGUAGUCACCAGCAACCCACUUGGCUUCUGAAUACUCCCGUCCAGGGCCUGGCCCGGUUAUGUGCCUUCCCUCAAGCCAAAGCCGAAGCCCGUUUCCUUAGGGCCCUGGUUUGUCCGGAAGGGGCCUAGUGUUCCCAGCACUGUGCCUGCUCUCAAGAGCACUUACUGCCUCGCAAAUAAUAAAAUUUCUAACCAGUCA